AUUACACAAUGGCUGUGCCCUUUUAUUUGCCGGAGGGUGGUGCCGAUGAUACGGUCUCAUCUGGUGGCAACACCUCCUCAGAUGGCACCAACAGUGCUGCUAGUUCAUUGCAAGCUUCACCAAAUACCACCUCAUCAGCGACACAGACCCCAAUGCAAAGUCCUUUGGUGCCGGGAAUGGUAAUGGCACUGUACGAAGCAUUGUAUCGUUAUUCGGUUAACAGUGGUGCUCCCGUUUUCCAAUAUCCCACACCACCCAGUCCCUCCUGCUCUGUACACAGUCCGAAUUACACGGGCGGUGAUGUUUUCUUUCCACGCAGCCGCAGCACCCCACGUACACCCCGCACAAGUGUUAGCUUUGCUGCCGGCGAUGAAGUGAAUUUUUUCCAUCAGUCAGCACCGACAUGUUCAAGUUCGGCCCAAACAUCACAGGCACCACAGUCAGCACCGCCUGUGCCACAAAGUAGUAGUCAUCAAUAUCUGCCACCGCAUCAUCCGCAUUAUCCUCAUUAUCCACAUUUUGGCUAUCAUCAAUAUGGACCGGGUUAUGUUCAAUAUACGCCACCGCCCACACCCACCACAGCUAAUGCCACGACGUCAACAGCGGCGGCCGGUUUGUCAGUUAGUUCAGGACCCAGUGGUGCUCACCGAAGUUUACAUCGAAGUCUUUCGGAUACAGCCAGACGAUCACGUUUGACCUCAACGGGCGAAGAUGAACGUGAAUAUCAAAGUGAACAUGAAACGAGUUGGGAUGAAUUCGAUGAUCGUUAUGAUAAUUUUACGGCUGGCCGUGAACGAUUACAGGAAUUCAAUGGCCGAAUACCGCCACGUAAGAAGAAAAAGGAUGUGCCAAAACCGAAACCGGAAAAGAAGGAACAAAGCUUUACAUGGCCCGCAGUUGUUACGGUCUUUGUAUUUGCCAUGGGUUGUGGUUUUCUUGUGGCCCGAUGAGUUUUGGCCUAUGAAUAG